AUGGCUUCAGACAUACUGGGUUGUGGUCUAGAGCAGACGAUAUCAAACAAAGUCUACAAUGAUCCUCAACAUGGCUGGUUUGCUGGUUUUCGAGAGUCCGCCCCUCCCACCUAUGCUAUCCGCAAAGUUUUCCAUUCCAUUAUGGAGGAGGGACCGUUUGAUAGUGAGCAGUUGGAGCUCCAAUGGUGGGAUCAGCUUCCAUCGGUCCCGGCUGUAACCAGUUUACUUCUCCGGCAACAGAACCGCCGGAGAUGGAAGCCGGGCUCGCUGGCACAUAUGUUCGCGCGUUUUCCCAGACUCCAGGAAGUCCACUACGAGCCCUGGAGGGAAUGGGACAUGCUACAGGGCUAUACAGAUAGAAGUGAGUAUUGUUGCAUACUAUCUAUCCCACGACUCAACCAUAAUCUCAAGAGACUUGUGGUCUUCGAGAAUUUCAAUCAACAGUAUCCGGCUAUCAUGCAGCGAUUCCAGUUUGGGGAGGAAUUAAGCGGCUGUGACAGUAUCCGCAACCCAGCCUCAGCUGUAAGUCGGAUGGUUGCACUCGCCAGCCUCAAGCUUGAGCAUCUCGCAGCAUCCUUCAUCGUAGAUGCUAGCCAUUUCUUUGAGAUCGAACCCUCUUGGCAGUGGCCAAAUCUAACCUCGAUUGCGCUUACCUCAACCCUACUUACGCCCGACAAGGAUCCCGUUGAGAUUGGAGUUAUGCUUCAGGCAGCGGCGGCAGCGGCCAGAAAGAUGCCACAACUGGAAACAAUGGAGAUUUGGAACGGGAGACAGGGGUUGGCGGCGCUCUUCAAGUAUCAGGUGUUCCACGAUAUACAGGAAGCUACAAUCACUUGGAGAGGUACAUGGGAAUUGACUAUGGAAUCAUCGAUAAUCCGGGCUUGGGAAGCCGUUAUAUCUCGGUAUGAUGGUUACAGACUCAAUCUGGUUCAGGAACGGCUGGAUGAAGCUGCUAUCAAGUCUCACGGUGAUGCAAUUCUCUGUCUCAUGCUUUCAAGCCAGGUCAUUCGGUCUAUCUCGUUGCAGCAGAUUCAGAUGGAACAGAGAUUUCUAGAGGGCGUGCCGACCUGA